AUGGCGGAAGAAAAGUCUGGGUCCCAGUCGGGCGACACCUUCCCCAGCGCGCCUUUUGCUGUGGGAUUUACUCGCCCCAAGUCGUCCGGUACGUCGUACACGAGCGCAGGCGGUGGAGAGGCGUACUUUAACCCGGCGGAUUUAUGGAAGUACGUCGUGCAGUACUUCCGCGAAGAAGCGAGCCGGCAGGACGCCUCUGCCGUGACUAUGGUUGGGCCAGACUACCACUUCCGCCCGCCGCAGUGGAUGGAGGACAAGAACGUCUCCAUCGAUGGCACACCCCUCACGGAGGAGGAGCGUCGUGCACCGAACUUCUGGCAAGCAAAGUACCGACAAGAGCUGGAUGUGGGGGAGGCCAUUCAAGAGGUGAAGCGCGUGAAACGGAUGGAGUCGGCGCACGACGUUAUAGGUUCCAUUGCCUGGGUUGGUCGUAGGCUGGGAUGGAUGGAGACCUUAGACGAGGAGUACGCACGGCAGAAGGUGAAGGCGCGCUACCGCGCGCUGGAAAAGAACAUGGAACACGAUGAGCAGGAGCGAGCGGAGGGGCGUCCGGUGGGGGCUCGCAAGGUGGGAUUUACGACCCCGUGGAAGGUUAUUCUUGAGUCCGUGGAGACCGGGCAGCCCAUCGCAAAGGUGGCAAAUGAGUACCGACCCAGUGUGGAUUUUUACGGUCUGGACCCCUUUCUAGACUCUGCACCCUCUCUCAUUUGGUUCACUACAAAGUGUGGAAUUGCCAUGGGUAUUGCGCAGGGGAUGGUCAAGGCCAUUCAGGCGAUAAACGUCGACGUGCAGUUCCUCAACGCCUCGGGCGUGGGCGUCCUAUCGAUUCUUAACAUGUCAGUCUUUGCAAGUGUCGUGAAGUGGGGCGGCAACUGCGCCCUCUUCUCCGCGGCGUUCUGCGUGGGGGACCGUCUGGCGACAAUGACCAAGCACAGGCUGCUUCCGCCCCACGACGCACGGCGGCGCAGUACGUCAAAUUACGUCAUGGGCCUCGCCAUGUCAGGUGCGACAGUUGGCGUCAUGCCAUGGUGGAUCCUUGGCGAUGUCAGUCUUGCACUUCGCCUGGGCGCCUCGGGCUUUUUUCUGGGCGGCUGCUUGGGCCUUGGUGUGGGCACCGUCAUUAGUCGCUUGGUUGCCCUCAAUACCGCACGUCUUGAGGCAACAAACAGGGAACUGCGGCGCUACGAGGCGCUGAUGCGGCGUCAGCGCAAAUGGGCGGACGGAGAACGUGAGAAACUGCGAGGCCAGACGUUGGUGUGGUGGUAG